CCAGUUCCAUGCGAAGACCCAGUCCCUGACAACGAUCCGCCUCCUGAAUGCAUCCCCCCACUCCCAUACCGUUAUACAAUUGAGUGCCAAAAGCAGCCUAUAAUUAAUGUGGAGGAACUUGCGGAGACUGCUGUUCUCGAGAAAAUCAAGGAUACGAUGGAAUAUAUUCUUUUGCUGAAAAAUGCCACCGUAGAAGAUCAUAUUGCAAAACUUAGUGACGACACACUUGCUCAACUUUGUAAUCCACCAAAUGAGCCUAUCCUUAUUGCAAGUCCGGAGUAUUGUGAUGAGCAUUUCUCGCAAGAAUCAUAUGACCGUAUACGCAGGGCUACUAUGCAAAACUUUGUGGGAGCAGAGGGUGCUGAUGAGAUUCUGAGCUUCUACAAUGUCAAAAAGCUCAUUGCGCAAUACACAGGUGUCGAGCCAAUAGUGCAUGACAUGUGUCUGCAGUUGUGUCUCACAUUUACUGGUCCACAUGCAUAUGAGGAUCGCUGUCCCAUGUGUGGGACAUCUCACUGGGAUCAGGCGAAGAUACAUGCGAGCAAUGGACAGGUAAAGGUUGCUGCCCAGACAUUCACUACUAUACCCUUAGGCCCGCAACUCCAGGCAUUGUACCGGGAUCCGGAGAGUGCAUGCAGCAUGCAUUACCUCUACGAGCGCACGCAGGAGAUCCUUGCAGAGUUCUGA